AUGGCCUCGUCUCCGUUGACUGCAAAUGUUCAGGGUACCAAAGCUCCUUUGAGGAACAGAGCUGAAGAAACUGCAGAGAAGCAGAUACAAUUCAGUGACCAAGUUUUCGAGGGAAAUGACUAUGCCCCCAAGGUACGGAAACCAUACACGAUAACAAAAGAAAGAGAGAGAUGGACAGAUGAAGAGCACAAGAAGUUUGUUGAAGCCUUGAAACUAUACGGACGAGCAUGGAGACGAAUUGAAGAACAUGUGGGCACAAAGACUGCUGUUCAGAUUCGAAGCCAUGCUCAGAAGUUUUUCUCUAAGGUUGCUAGAGAAGCAACUGGAGGUACUAAUGGGAGCUCGCUAGAGCCAAUUGUGAUACCACCUCCUCGUCCCAAGAGAAAACCAAUGCAUCCUUACCCUCGUAAGUUUGGGAACGAUGCAGAUCAAACAAGCAGAUCGGUUUCUCCCUCAGAACGAGACAACCUUUCUCCAACCUCUGUGUUGUCCACUGUUGGAGACGAAUACUUGGCUUCCUCUGAUUCGCAUUCACCGAAUCGAAGCUUGUCCCCGGUUUCUUCUGCAUCACCACCACCUGCUCUUACAACUAGUUCAAAUGCACCUGAAGAGCUUGAUGAAUCUCUGAAGCUGGAGUUGUUUCCAAGAGAGAGCUCGAUCAAGGAACCAACGAAGCAAAGCCUUAAACUUUUUGGGAAGACAGUUUUGGUAUGUGAUUCAGACAUGUCCUCUUCUCUAACAACUUCAACUUAUUGUAAAACCCCGAUUCAGCCAUUGCCACGGAAGCUUUCUCGAUCCGAAACAUUCCGCAUACAAGAAGAGCUCAUGAGCAGUUGGAUAGAAGUUCCUCCCAAGCAAGAAGAAGUGGAGAAUAGAUGUUUAGAUUCAGGGAAGGCUGUCCAAAACGAAGGAUCAUCGACUGGAUCAAACACUGGUUCGGUGGAUGAUACAGGACACACGGACAAGAACUCAGAGCCUGAAACAAUGGUGUGUCAAUGGGAGUUUAAACCUAGCGAGAGGUCUGCAUUCUCUGAGCUCAGAAGAACAAGCUCUGAGUCAAAUUCAAGAGGAUUUGGUCCGUACAAAAAGAGAAAGAUGGUUAUAGAGGAAGAGGAAGAACAACAACAGAUUCGCCAAUACUUAUAA